AUGAAAUCUCUCUCUCUCUCUCUCUCUCUCUCUCUCUCUCUCUCUCUCUCUCUCUCUCUCUCUCUCUUUCUCUCCUUCCCUCAUAUACCAUCCAUACAGGUGCUCUUCGGUCCUUCGAAUCCUGAAGCUCAUUCGGAGUUUGUUGCUAUUGAAGUCAUGUUGUCCACUCUCCUUGUGCCAUGUCUUCUGCUUGCUCCAUGCAUUCACUCUGCUCAGUGGUGCUACGAGAGCCAGUAUUCAUGUGAUGAUAAUUGCAUAAAGCCCAGUGAGUGGGCAAAAGACUUUCUAGAUUGUGGAGGCCAGAACCAGUCACCCAUUAACAUUGUCACACAAAAGGCGAGGCUUGACCCCUGUCUAACCCCGAUCAUCUUUGAAGGUUACACACAAACUCUGAACGUUACUGUGCAGAACCUCGGAAAUACUGCUAUGCUUACACUACCUCCAUCUAUGCGGAUCCGAGGUGGGGCUCUGCCUGCCACCUACAAGGCCAUUCAGCUGCAUCUACACUGGGGAGUGUAUGACGGGCCAGGCUCAGAGCACACUGUAGAUGGGGAGCAGUAUCCUAUGGAACUCCAUAUUGUUCAUAUAAAAGAGCAAUACAAUACACUGAAGGAAGCCAUUAAUGAUACAGUAGGAGUAGCAGCUCUUGCCUUCUUUUAUGAGGUGUCCACAGAAGAAAACCAGAAAUUCAAUCGACUGAUUCAGGCUUUGGGAGAAAUUCCAUAUAACGAGAACAGCAGUACUGUCACAGAAUUCCGGUUGACCGAUAUCUUGCCUUCGUUGGACAAGCUUUCCAGUUACUAUCGUUACCCAGGUUCUCUGACCACACCAAGCUGUUAUGAAAGCAUCCUCUGGACGAUCUUCCAGCAGCCUUUUUACAUCAGCCAACAACAGCUGGUGAACCUAACCAAGCAGAUGUGGUUCGAGAGGGGAAAGCCCAUGAUUGAAAACUUCCGCCCAGUGCAGAAGCUAAAUGGGCGCAUAGUGUACAAAUCCACAGCAUGUGCCUGUACGUCGUCAGGACCAGUCUUUCUGUGUCUGUGUGUCCUCUGUAUAUUCGAGCUGAUACAGGGUAUAUUCACAUCAUCUAUCAUUUCAGGAUAAAAAUCCAAAAGAAUCACAAUACAUUUACAUUUAGUAAAAUAUAGUGAUAGUCUACUACAAGACUGAAAAAGGAUGAGCACAUUUAAUAUAUAUUUCAACUGUUUAUUAAUUUGUUUGCAAUAUGAUUAAAAACCUGCACCAAAAUUCCACAAAGAAAGCCCCAGUGAAUUAUAGCUAAUAAGUAUCAGAGUGCUUGGAUUUAUAAUGAAUGUAUAAAGAAAGGAGCUGGCAAGAGAAGCCAUAACUUUAAGCCAUAUAAACAUGACUUACAUAUGACAUUAUGCAACAUAUCUUGGGUAAGGCUCUUGGGGGAAAAAUAAAGAUAUCCUCAUUUGUAACAUAA